GGCGGAAGGGCUGUCACUUAAAGCUGUUGUGAAAUCGUAAAAGGAGAAGAAGAAGAAGAAGCAACAUUUAUCAGUCUGAGCCGAAUGUGAAGAAGUAGACUGCUCUCUACUCUGAGUUUUCGUGCUAAGGGGUGAAGAUGCAGACACCAGCAGAGUCGAUCCUCCACAGCGGAUAUUUCCACCCCACGCUCCGAUAUUGGCAGACCUGCGCCACCGAUCUCAGACCAGACAAUCUCAUCUACCCCAUCUUUAUCACAGACAGUCCAGAUGCAGUGGAGCCCAUCGGAAGCCUGCCAGGACAGGCAAGAUACGGAGUGAAUAAGCUGGAGGGAAUGUUGCGACCACUCGUGGAGAAAGGUCUGAAAUGUGUUCUCAUUUUUGGCGUCCCGGCAAAAAUAGCAAAGGAUGAAAGGGGUUCGGGGGCCGACUCGGACAAUACUCCUGCUGUUCUGGCUAUUAAAAAAAUCCGAUCUUUGUUCCCGGAGCUGCUCGUGGCGUGCGAUGUCUGUCUGUGUCCUUACACCUCACAUGGACACUGCGGGAUCCUGACUGAGGACGGCACUGUGAACAACGACGCCAGCUGUCUGCGUUUGGCAGAAGUUGCUCUGGCUUAUGCACGAGCUGGUUGCCACAUCAUCGCUCCCUCUGACAUGAUGGAUGGACGAAUCAGAGCCAUAAAACAGGCUCUGCUGUCCAAUGGUUUGGGAAACAAGGUUUCAGUGCUGAGCUACAGUGCGAAGUUUGCCUCUUGUUACUAUGGUCCUUUCAGGGACGCAGCACAGUCGAAGCCUGCGUUCGGAGACAGGCGCUGCUAUCAGCUUCCUGCCGGAGCGAGAGGACUGGCGCUCCGAGCUGUGGAGCGAGAUGUGAGGGAAGGAGCCGACAUGCUGAUGGUGAAACCAGGCCUGCCGUACCUGGACAUCAUGAGGGACGUCAAGGACAAAUUCCCCAGCCACCCUCUGGCGGUAUACAACGUGUCCGGGGAGUUUGCCAUGUUGUGGCACGGAGCGAAGGCCGGAGCGUUCGACCUGCGGGCCGCUGUGAUGGAGGCCAUGACCGCCUUCCGCAGGGCAGGCGCUGACAUCAUCAUCACCUACUACACCCCCGAGCUGCUCACCUGGCUGAAGGAGUAAGGGUCCGACGCUGCUUUAAAUGCCUCAUUUUGACUGAGGGGAACAUUAUUAACUGGAAACAACUCAUUCCUUGAUCAUCUGCACACCAGCUCAGCUUUGUGACCAGAGUCUGGUAAACUAGUUUGGCUUUUUAGCGUCUGAAACGAUGAUAUGUUGAGAAUGUAAAAACUUUUGUAACUAUUGUGCUUAAGUAAAACAUGUCAGUGCUGCAUAAAGUAAGACCUCUAAAGGAUCAUUAGUAAGAUAAUUAUGACAUAUAUAUGUUAGAGUUGGUUUUAAAUAAAGCUGUUCAUUCUGGUCUGUAA